AUGCGAAAGUUCGCCGGCGAGACAGGCUUCAGGUUGGUUACCUCUACACCUUACUAUGCACAAGCAAAUGGCCAAGUAGAAGAAGCCAGCAAAGUGAUAAUAAGUUUGAUUAGGAAACAUGUUUCCAAAAAACCAAAGAACGGGCACAAGACUUUGGACCAAAUCCUAUGGGCCUGUCGAACGUCCCCAAAAGAGGCAAUAAAUUCGACGCCUUUUCGAUUGACGUUUGGUCACGAAGCCCUAUUACCAGUAGAGACCUGCUUGCAAUCCGUCAGAGUGCAACGCCAAAACGACCUCCAGUCGGAACAGUAUUGGGACAUGAUGUUCGACAAAUUGGUUGAUUUGGACGAAGAAAGAUUGGCCAAGGUAGAAAUGCUGAUCCGACAGAAGGAACGCAUAGCCAAGGUAUAUAAUAGAAAUGUAAAGGAAAGAACCUUUACUGAUAAUGAUUAUGUUUGGGAAGUGAUCUUGCCUAUGGAUCUUCGAGAGCGAACCUUAGGUAAAUGGUUUCCAAAGUGGCAAGGACCAUUUCAAGUAACUCGAACAUUCGCUAACAAUGCAUAUGAGAUCAAGGAACUUAGUGGGGAUUAA